UCGCGGUUUUCGCGCCGUCCCGUCCAAACUCCCGAGUGGUUGCCGUGGCGAGCGCGACAUGGCGAGUGUUUACCAUCCAAUGGCUUUGGCGGUAGACGUUCUUGACGAUUCCGCUGGUGCCAUCAACUCCCUUACCUUAGGUAGGCAACCUAAUUUCGGUCGCACCAAUGCCAGUCCAAGUCAUCUCGCUCUUGUCGAGCUCCGAUGCGGGCUCGCCUCCGCCGCAAGUCGCGAGGACGCCCUCUCCCCGACGUGAAAGCAGUCCGAAAGCGACGAGUCUCGAUUUGGACGACGACUUCUUUGUGCCUACGAGAUCUCCUCCCCGUCAACAUGGCACCGCUGCCCUGUCGAGAUCGAAACCCGUCUCAUCAGGCGCCGAUGAUGUUUGGGUCAUCUCCGACGAUGAGGAGCUUGGGCCUGCCGUGAAUGCCCCUCAAUCAGGGGACCCAUCAGCCGACGGCACCGCCCCAAAGAGGCGCCGAUUGGACACGGAUCUGGACAGUAUGCCAUCAGCAGCCAUCGUUGCCGCCCUCUCCUCUUCACAGGAGCCCAUCCACACAGCUCCUCCUCGCCCCAGUGACGAGCAGCAGCAGCCGCGGAUCAAUUGGCUCGAGCAUGACCCCUUCGCCAGUUCUUCCCCGCGCGUUCCUGAAGCGGGGCAAUCAGGAAGCGGCUGCAUGCCGACUGCGGGUUUAAACGAUGACCACCAUGCCAGCUUCUCACCGCGGCAUGGCAGGGCUCAGCCUGCGACCAUUUCCAAAAGACAAGCCGGCAUCGACGAUAUUGAUCCCUUUGCCUCCAGCUCUCCGGGACCAGAACGUCAACCACCGAAGUCGGCCCAGACAGCCGCCGCACCCUGGGAUCCCAUAUCCAGCUCUGCUCCUCUUCCCGCCGCUGUUGACGAUGGGCCAUCGAACCCACCGCGCUCGCUUAGGAGAACGCAGUCCGAGAUCAUCAUUAUGAAUGACUCCGAGGAGGAUUGCGCGGUCCAGGCUAGCUCAGAUGACGACUUUCCGGACAUUUCCGACUUGGCCCCAUCAACACGCGGAUCUGCAGCAUUACCGGGGUUGUCCGCAGUGUCCGGCAUGUCUAAACCGUCGAGGGAGCAAAAGUCGGCGGGAACGAAGGCGAGUGUGGCUGAUCCCAAGAAGAAGUCCAUGGAGAAGAUGAGGGAAAGGGAACAAAAGGCCGCCGCACGAGAGGCAGAGAAGGAGCGCAAGCGGCUGGAGAAGGAGCGGGCGAAGGAAGAAAAGGCACAGGAAAAAGCGAGGGCUGCUGCCCUGGCCGAGGUGAACAAGAUACGGACGGACAAGAAAGUCUCGACCCCAGAGAUGAUUGUGGACCUCCCGGCAACCCUUGAUCAGGCCGUCAAGUUGCAGGCUGAAACUCUGCUCCGCGAUCUCGACGUUCAUUCUACCUCGUGGUCAAGCCCGGUUGAGAACGUGGUCAAAUGGCGCCGCAGGGUCCGCUCCCGGUACAACGACGAUCUGGGGCUCUGGGAACCCAUCCCCGAGAGGAUUGAGCGUGAAAGCUACGCCAUGGUGCUGGUACCAGCCGCGCAAUUCGUCGACCUCGUCCUCGGCGAAGACGCCUCCAGUCUCGAGUCCCACGUGCUCCGCAUGAAGCGCCACUUCCCCAAGGAUACCAUCAUCUACCUAAUCGAGGGUCUCACCGUCUGGCUGCGUAAAAACCGCAACGCGCGCAACCGCCACUUCGUCUCUGCCGUUCGCAGCGGACUCGAGCCUGCGGACGAGCCACCAAACCUUGCGUCCAGCUCCCAGGCGGCCGCCACCAACGCCAACCCGCGCCGCCGCAAGAACAACAACGCCGCCGCACCCACCUACAUCGACGAAGACGCCGUCGAAGAAGCCCUCCUCCAGCUCCAGGUAGAGCACGGCGUGCUGAUCCACCACACCAGCGCGCCCGUCGAGACAGCGCGCUGGAUCGCCGUCUUCACGCAGCACAUCAGCACGGUGCCCUACCGGCGGCAGCGCGACGCGGCCAACGACGCCGCCUUCUGCAUGGAGACGGGCCAGGUGCGCACCGGCGACGGCCCGCGCGACACGUACGUGCGCGUGCUGCAGGAGAUCGCCCGCGUCACCGCGCCCAUCGCCUACGGCAUCGCCGCCGAGUUCGGCUCCCUGCCCGAGCUGGUAAGGGGGCUGCAGGCGGGCGGCCCGUUGGCGCUGGAGAGGGUGCGCCGGAGCGUCAACAAAGAAGGGGAGGUGGGCGAGAGGACCGUCGGGCAGGCUGUUAGUCGGCGCCUGUACAAGAUCUUUAUGGGGAGGGAUGAGAGCAGUACAGAUAUAUAGUGUGGGGGGGUAAUUAUAUCGCCGUUUCUCGGUGCGGAAAGCAAUACAACCCAUCAUUGUCGACUCUGGCUAUGCAUAAUGUGGUUGCGCACACGGUGUCCCGAAAGCUUCUUUAUACGCAGCUUCCACGAUCCUCAGCGAGUUAUACCUUUCUCUCGCUGAUGUAUCCUGCUCAAAAUACAGCCGGCGCUUCGGCCCGGAGGCUCAAUACUGU